CGACCCCAGCCGAGCCGCGCCGCCCACCCCCUCCCCGUCUGCAAAGUUCACGACCCUUCUCCCUCCCUCUCUUUCGCUCGCUGCCCGAGCCCUACGGCCCCUACCUCUCUCGCUCCGUCGCGCCUCGCCCUCGCUCUCGCCUGUCGCUGCUGCUCCGUCGCCGGUCGCUCGCUGCCUCUCUCUCCUCUUGCUGAUCCGUCGUCCUUCGCCCUCGACCUCGCCCUCUCGCUCUCUCGCCUCUCGCUGCUCGGUCGGCGGUCGCUCGUCCUCACCGGCUCGCCUCGCCCUCACCGGCUCGCCUCCCCCUCGUGGCCGGGUGGCUCGCUGCUCAGUCGCUCGCCCAGCAAGCAUUCGCUGCUCUGCUCGGUCGCUCGCCCUCCGUCGCUCGCCCUUGUGGGUUGUGGCCGGUGGCUCGCUGCCUCUUGCUCCGUCGCUCGCUGUCGCUGGUGGCUCGCUGCCUCUCGAUUGCCGAUUGGCUCAUUAGAUUCAGUCUUUCAGAUUUGCUUCAACUUUCAGCGGUUACAUUUCGGUGGCCCAUUUUUACAUUUCGCCUCAGGGCCCCAAAAACUCAGUUCGUGUGAUUGUAAGAAGAAAAUGGCAUCUUCAGAUGAGGAAGGUGGGGUUGUUCCACGGACUGUCUCAAACUACCAUUUUGUUGAUGACAAGGAGGAGAUUAUUGCAUUCUCAGAGUUACCAGUUCGAUGGAGUGAGAGUGAGGAGCUGCAAGGCAAGAGAAGGCAGAUGUUCUUACAUGGGACUACUGACAAUGGCCUUCAGAAAAUAUAUAAGCAGGUCACAGCAUGGAAGUUUAAUCUUUCUGACUUCAAGCCAGAAAUAUCUGUGCUUUCUAAGGAGAACAACUGGAUUAAGCUUCAAAAACCUAGAAAGAGUUUUGAGGACACAAUUAGGACAAUCUUGAUUACUGUGAACUGCCUACAUUUUUUGAAGAAAAACCCUGAUUCAUCUGGCAGAUCUUUGUGGGAUCACUUAUCAAAGGUUUUCAGCUCGUAUGAGGUCAGACCUUCAGAGAAUGAUCUGAUAGAUCAUAUGAGUUUAAUCAGUGAAGCUGUCAAAAGGGAUGAAAUGUUAGCAAAAUCCAAGGUUAAUGCAUUUAUCCAGUUUUUGAUUACAUAUCUCGAGGAGAAACCCCGAAGGAAGAAAGCUUCUGAUGAGGAUAUUGGACCUACACCAAUGGCUAAGUUUAUUGUUGAUGAUGAUAUGGCAGAUCCGACUGAAGAUGAUGAUGGUUCUCAUGAAGAUGCAAGUGAAGAUGAUGAUGGUUCUCAUGAAGAAAGGGACCUGUUUGAUUCUGUUUGUUCAAUUUGCGAUAAUGGUGGAGAACUUUUGUGCUGUGAAGGAAGGUGCAUGAGGUCAUUUCAUGCUACUGUCGAAGCUGGUUCAGAUUCCGCAUGUGAAUCUCUUGGUUUUUCUGAUGAACAAGUGGAGGCUAUACAGAGCUUUUUCUGUCAGAAUUGUCAAUACAAGCAGCACCAGUGCUUUGCUUGUGGGGAACUAGGCUCUUCUGAUAAAUUAUCUGGUGCAGAGGUCUUUCAAUGUGUUUCUGCAACCUGUGGCCGUUUUUACCAUCCACAUUGUGUUGCAAAACUGCUCCAUCGUGAGAAUCCUGCUGAGGCAGAAGUGCUUCAGAAGAAGAUUGUUGCUGGGGAAUCUUUUGCUUGCCCUAUCCACAAAUGCAUUGUCUGCAAACAGGGUGAAAAUAAGGAGGAUGCUGAGUUCCAAUUUGCUGUAUGCAGGCGUUGUCCCAAGUCAUACCAUAAAAAAUGCUUGCCUAGAGAGAUUGCUUUUGAAGAUCACGAAGACGAGGACAUCAUACAAAGGGCUUGGGAAGAUCUUAUUCCUGAUCGUAUAUUAAUAUACUGCUUAGAGCAUGAGAUUGAUGAUGAAAUUGGAACUCCAAUCAGAAACCAUAUAAAAUUCCCAUAUGAUGGACAAAAAAAGAAGAAACAAAAAUCACAGCAAAGCUUGGAGAAAGUUCUUCAAAAGGAUAGGAGUCUGCUCCCAGAAGACAUCCCCAGGAAGAGAGGUCUCGUGAAAUUACAGAAAGGGGUUGAUUCAUCUCCAACUACUGAAGUGGGUGAUUCUUCCAACACGAAACUGAAAAGAUUGACAGGAUCUAAUUCUUCAAAAAAACAAAAAUUGGUCGAUGCAACUAGAAAGCCUUUGAAUAACAUUGCCUCUAAAAAAGUCUUUAAAUCCACCAAAGAUGAGAGUAGGACCUCUUUGGGAGAUAGGUUAUUUGCCUUGAUAAAUUCUAGGAAUGAGGAUGCUUCAGAUAUUGAAAAUAAGCAAACCAGCACUGGUAAACCUGCGGCAAAGGAGAUAAGUACUUCACUACAGCUAGAUGAUGUUUCUAAAAAGAGAAUAUUACAUUUGAUGAAAGAUGCUACAUCCUCAAUAUCACUGGAGGCAAUAAUGAAAGGGCACAAAGUACCAACAACUCAUAGUUACUCAUUGAAGUAUAUGUUUGAAAAGUUGACCUUGGGAAAAGUGGAGGGCUCUGUUGAGGCUCUUCGCGCAGCUUUACAGAAGCUAGAAGGAGGCGGAAGUGUUGAAGACGCAAGAGUCGUGUGUGAACCUAGGGUUCUGCACCAAAUAACUAGGUGGAAGAGCAAGCUAAAAGUGUACCUUGCACCAUUUCUCUAUGGCAUGCGUUAUACGUCCUUUGGACGACAUUUUACAAAAGUGGACAAGUUGAAAGAGAUUGUCGAUGUGCUCCAUUUCUAUGUACGGGAUGGUGAUACGAUAGUUGACUUCUGUUGUGGAGCUAAUGAUUUCAGUUGGCUCAUGAAGAAAAAGCUUGAUGAUACAGGGAAGACGUGCUCAUUUAAGAACUAUGAUAUCUUACAACCAAAGAAUGACUUUAAUUUUGAGAAGAGGGAUUGGAUGACUGUAGAUCCAAAAGAAUUGCCGGCCGGAUCACAAUUGAUCAUGGGACUAAAUCCUCCUUUCGGAGUAAAUGCUUCCCUUGCAAAUAAGUUCAUUGACAGGGCAUUAAAGUUUAAGCCAAAGCUCCUUAUCUUAAUCGUUCCGAAAGAGACAGAAAGGUUGGAUAAAAAAAGGAAUCCUUAUGAUCUGCUUUGGGAGGAUGAUGAGUUGCUUUCUGGAAAGUCCUUCUAUUUACCUGGAUCUGUUGAUGUAAAUGACAACCAAAUGGAGGAUUGGAAUGUAAAUCCACCACCGGUCUACCUUUGGAGUCGGCCUGAUUGGACUGAUAAACACAGGACAAUUGCUCAAAAGCAUGGACACUUGUCCAAGGUAAGAGAACGGUCACAUUCGGAAGAUCAUAACAACCAACUGCUGGUUUCUGAUUGUGGAGUGAAAGAUCAUGAUCCUAAGGGUCAAACUUCCAUGUCAAUUGAUGAUCAUCCUCCAGUUCAAGAUGAAGUAUGUAAACAGCUCCAAGAAAGAGCACGUGUCUCUGGAGGACAAGAUUUACGUCCCUCUCAUGAUAAUGGUGUCAGACAAGUCCAAGAAAACCAUAGCCUUGGGGCAAAUCAAUUGAAUGUGGGUUUGAAGAAGAGGCAGCGAGGUGAAGGGAAAGGGGAACACGGGAUAAGAUUGAAUGAGAAAUCACAAAAAAGGAAAGAGAAGAGGCGAGGUUCAUGGAUGAUUGAGACGCAUGAGGGAAUGCCUCACCCAUCCCCUUCCGAGGUAACUGGUUCCCCUCUGAAGGGAAAAUCAGUUGAUGGUUCCCCUCUGAAGGGCAAAUCAGUUGAUGUUCGUUCAUCCAAGCCUCUAGAGAUUUCCUCACACAAGGAGGAUAGCAGAUCAGGUGAUCAUUCAUCCAAACGUGUAGAGGUAUCCUCACAUAAGGAGGUUGCCAAGGAACAGAAUCAACGUUUUGACAAGUCUGUAGCUGGGUCGCGUUCACAUUACGAAACAGCAGGAUAUGGCGGAGUUCAAGGUGAUGAUUUAGCAAGGAGAUACGGAUUGAACAGUGAGGAACCAUACUCAGGCGAUGAUAUAUCGAGGUAUGGAUUGAACAGUGAGGAGCCAUAUUCAGGCAGUGAUAUAGCAAGGAGGUAUGGAUUGAACAGUGAGAAGCCAUAUUCAGGCAGUGAUAUAGCAAGGAGGUAUGGAUUGAACAGUGAGAAGCCAUAUUCGGGCGAUGAUGAUAUAUCAAGGAGGUAUGGAUUGAACAGUGAGGUGCCAUAUUCAGGUUUUACCGAGAGAUGGUCAAGGGCAGUAACUCCUGGUUCUAGUUUUGGGGUCAAGAACUCAGAGGAACAGUUUGCCAGCCCCCAGAAGGGGGAAGCAAGCAAUCAUGGCUAUGGCUAUAGGUCAUAUCUUGGUGAAAUGGAAGACAGGGAAAGAUCACAAGUUCGACUUUAUGGGCAACAAACUCCUGAGACCUACAGUCGAAGAAGCAGCUUCGUGGCAGGCCAAAGUCUUCAGUUACCGGGUUCAACAGUGGACUCAUCUUACAACCGGACCAGCACAUCUGCUAUUCAGCGAUAUGCACCACGACUGGAUGAGCUUAACCAUGCAAGGAUGAACACUUCAGGGCAUGAGCCGCCUCCAGCUGGUAGAAAUCUUAUGGUCGAUCCUCUUCCGCCUCCAUUCAGCUUUGCGCCUGCUCCUUAUCGCCACUUCUCACCGCACAACUCAUCAGGCUGGCUUAACGAGUAAAUUAGUUAGUGGAGAGAUUGCAUGGGAUAGUGAAUGGUGGGUGGCUCUUGAUGACCCUUUCUUCUGCCAUUUUAUUUUCUCCUGGAAGACCAUAAUGUAAUGUAAUGUAAUUACAUGGCUGGCAACUUUUUUUGGUCAAUUAGGGUUUUUGAUCAGCUUUUGUAUAUCCAUCUUGAAUUUGGUCAAUUAGGGUUUUUGAGAUGGCAUUACUAAAAGUAAAAACCCUUUGUUUGAGAAGUUAAAUAUGAGGAUUUGAAUUGUCCUCACCAUACUCAAAAAGGGUAUCUCUAUUCUAUAGUCUAUUCUUUGUGUGGUGAAUGUAAGAAUUUUUUACUUUUCAUUCA